GAGAAAGAGGAAGACAAGAAGCAGGAGGAGAAGUAGGAUGAAGCAUCUGGCCAUCUCUAAGUGGCUGAGCCAGCUGGGGCUGCCACAAUACUGCACCCUGCUAGACGAGGAGUACGAUGGAGUGGAGGACCUACUCCACCUGACUGAGUUGGAUCUGCAGGAGCUGGGAGUUCAUAACCACAUGCACCGUGUCCACCUGCUAACCUCCAUCCAGAUACUGCAGGAGAGGGAGAGGAGGAGAGAGCUGAGAGCCAUGGCAGAGAGCCGCUUCGCCAGCCUGCCACGGAGCCUGGCGUCCCACAGCGCCCGCCACGCCACCCUCGCCGCCUCCAUGGACCUCCUGGGGCCCCGGCCCGCCCUCCCGGGCCCCCUGCCGCCCCCCCGGGGGUACCACGCCCUCUCCAUCCAUGGGACCCUGCCCAGGAGGAGGAAAGGCGUGGCCGGCCCCGGCCCCGCCUCCCUGUACCCCUGGGAUAUGCCACUUCCUGGUUCUGAGCCCGCCCGCCUGGCCUCGUCCCCCCUCAUCCACCACGUCAUAGAGGAGGACCAGGGGUAUCACACUGGAGGAGGCAAGACGCUCAGGAGCACCGGCAGCAGUGUGGAGACUCUGGACUACGUCAAGUUCUCCAAGGAGAGGGUCCUGAUGGAGGGUGCUGCUGACAAGCUGAGGAAGGAGCUGGAGGAGGAGCUGAAGACAAGCAGCGAGGAGCCCAGGAGCCACGCCUGGUACCAUGGCCCCCUGCCACGCCAGGCGGCGGAAGCCCUCCUCCAGAGAGACGGGGACUUCCUGGUUCGUGACUCCUCCUCCAGCCCGGGCUCCUUCGUGCUCACCUGCCAGUGGCGCGACGCUCCGCAACACUUCCGCAUCACACGUCGCCUGGUGGCGCUCAACGAGGCCUACGUCCGCCAGCACUUCCUGUUGGAAGGCGGGACUUCCUGUUCCCAGGCCUUCGACAGCCUGCCCGCGCUGGUGCGCUGCUACGUGGGCAACAGGACGCCCGUGUCCCAGGUGGUGGGCGCCGUCAUCUUCCAGCCAAUCACGCGCGGCCUCCCGCUCCGCUGCCUGGCGGAGAAGUACGAAGGGGAGGCGGGGCUGAGCCUGCCGGAGAGGCGGAGCCAGGCGGCCAAGCGCCUCAGCCUCAACCUCGUGAACGGACACGCCCAGGAUAGCGCCCUGGGCCGAGGGGCACUGCUGAGGACCCAGGACAGGUGUGGUAGUCAGCCUGCCUGUCUCAACCAGGUACAGGAGAAACGCCGCCCUCUAAAGACCCACCAAUCAGAGAGCUUUCUUCCUCUGGGCCCCAGGCCGUGCGGCCCGCCCCCCCCCCAGCAGCUCCUCCUCCCCAGGUGUGCGGUGGUGCGGACGGGCAGCGAGCCCGUCCUCAGCCCCACCCAGCACCGCAGACUGACCCCCGACCUCCAGCCCGCCCAGGCCAUCCGGGGGUCCGACAGCCAGCUGUGCCCCAGGCCGCCCCCCAAGCCCAGCAAGGUGGCCCCCCUCCGCAUGCCCCGCUCCCCUCGCCUCCUCGUCCCGGCGCCCCCGCCCUCCCAGCCGCCCCCCUCCACCCAACCCGCCCUCACCCCUCCCGCCCCGCCCCCUAAGCCCCGCCCGGCCCAGGCAGAGACCGCGGCCCCAAGCCCGGAGGUGGCCUGCGGCGCGCGCGCCCCCUGCAGCCCCGCCCCCUCGCCCGUCGGCUACGUCGAUAGGCUGAAGUCGGAGGAGAACGGGAGGACGCGAUUGGACAGGAGCUCCUACCACCACGCCAUCGCCGCCCUGGAGAACGGCAGCGACGAAGAGGAGGGGGGAGAGAGGGGUGGAGCGAGGGAGGAGGAGGAGGGGGGCGGCGAGCGGGAGGAGGAGGAGGGGGGGAGAGGUCAGCGGUGGCCGGUGUUUGAGACGGAGUCGUCGUUCUGCCCGGGGGGGUUCGAGUCCCACCUGCUCCCGCGGGAGAACAAGCCCCUGGAGAUGAGCGUCCUCAGGGCGGCAAAGCAGCUGCUGCUCUCACACACGCACCUCAGCAUCGCCAAACACAUGCUGCUGGCCGACUGCCAGGUUGCUAGGAUACUGGGCGUGUCUGAAGAGAUGAAGGGUCAGAUGGGCGUGUCGUCGGGCCUGGAGCUGGUCACGCUGCCCCACGGCAGACAGCUACGCCUUGACCUGAUGGAGAGGCACCACACCAUGGCGAUCGGUGUUGCCGUGAAUAUUCUGGGAUGCACGGGCAGCAUGGAGGAGAGAGCCUCGACGCUGAACCGCAUCAUCCUGGUUGCCAUGGAGCUGAAAGAUGCUCUGGGAGACCUCUUUACUUUCUCCUCCAUCAUGAAGGCCCUGGACAUGCCCCAGAUCGCCCGUCUGGACCACACCUGGACUACACUGAGACACAGCUUCACCCAGACAGCCAUUACCUACGAGAAGACCCUCAAACCCUUCUACAAGGCUCUCUAUGAAGGCACAGCGGAGCUGGCUGGCGCCGGCAGGGCGAUGCCCCUCCUGAUACCGCUGCUGAACCUGAUGGAGCGAGGGGGCGUGGCCUGCGAGGGGGCGGAGCCCUGGGAGCAGGGCUGCGACGUCAUGCUGCGCCACCUGGAGGACGCUCGCAGAGUGGCGCAGGACUCCGCCUCCUACACCUCCUACGCCCAGACCGUCCUGCAUGGGUUCAGGGCGGAGGAGGGCCUCCUGGAAGUGUUCAGGACAGACUUCCAGCAGCGUCUGCUGUGGGGCAGCCGAGGAGCCAGCGUGGCCCAGGAGGAGCGCCACGCCAAGUUCACCCUCAUCCUCACCGCCCUGUCACGCAAGCUGGAGCCGGCCGUCACACACACCGAGCUGUGACCGGCCCCAACACACACACACACGCGGGUCCCCCUACCUCCAGCGGGCUAACACUGUCUGUGUGUCCAGCCCUAACCACACCCCCCUCAAACCACACUUCUAACUCCCUCCCCCAGCCCUAACCACACCUCCAGCCCCCCCAAACCUACCCCCCCCAGCCCUAACCACACCUCUCACCCACCUCCAGCCCCCCCAAACCUACCUCCCUCCCCCCCAGCCCUAACCACACCUCUCACCCACCCCCAGCCCCCCCAAACCUACCUCCCUCCCCCUCCCAGCCCUAACCAAACCUCACACCCACCUUCAAAGGGUCACAGACGCCUUAUCAGCAUGCCUGUCCUGCUAGACUGUAAUAUAUCCACCUUCAAAUGUAAAAAAGAAGAAAAGAUAUCUAAAAUGUUACUUACUGUAAAAUAAGACUUGUGAAUGAAUUUGAAUAUGUUUAUAUGGUCGAUUUGUGAAUAAAGGAGAGAACGUCCGUUCUCCACACGGACAGAU